CAACUGCUUCCCCCAUUUCCUGUACAACCCUCAUUUCCUGUACAGGUGACAACUGCUUUCCCCAUUUCCUGUACAAGGGUCUCAUUUCCUGUACAGGUGACAACUGCUUUCCCCAUUUCCUGUACAAGGGUCUCAUUUCCUGUACAGGUGACAACUGUUUUCCCCUUCCCCAUUUCCUGUACAGGUGACAACUGCUCAGCAUACUUCCUGUACAGGAAACAACCACUCCCCCCCAUUUCCUGUACAAGUGACAAUCACUUCCCCCAUUUCCUGUACAGGUGACAACGGCUCAGCCUACUUCCUGUACAGG